AUGAGUAAUCCUAGUAUUGUUAUAGAUCCUUUAGAAUCUCAAAAAUUUGAUAUAUCUAUCGAUUUACAAAAAAUCUAUUAUCAUCCUUCUGGCUAUCAAAGGACUAGUAAAAAACUUUAUGAUGUUUCACAUAAUGCCAGGUUCGAUUUCACAUUAGUCGAAGUUCAGAGAUGGCUCGAGAAACAGUUAUUACACUUAAUUCAUAAAGCUCGACCAAAGUAUAUUCCUUGUAUUAGUUUUAAUAAGAUUACUAUUCCUAUGGAAGUUAUACAAGCUGAUUUACGUUAUAUGCCUCAUGAUAAAAUUAGAAACAAGAUUUAUAAAUAUGCUUUAACAUGUGUUGAUAUUGCAAGUCGAACUAAGUGGACAUUGCAAACAGAUUUUGGAUCAGAAUUUUAUAGGAAAUGUGAAGAGUUAAUGGUUAAGUAUAAUGUAAAAAUUAAUCGAAGCAAAUCGAAAAAAAGACAAGAUAUAGUUGAGAGAUUUAAUCGAACUUUGCAGAAGUGGACAUUUUUUAUUCAAGAUGCUGUAGAAUUGUUAUUAUACCCAACAGAACAUUCUCAAAAAUUAAAACAUGUAUAUGCUAAGUCAUCUAAACUGAAAUAUGGCCCUAUGGGGUAUAAUGAAAUUCAUUUAACAUAUAGUGAUUCUGUUUUAUAUUUACUUAAUUCUGAUGAAUUGGAAGGCAGAAGAAGAUGUUUGGAAGAUAUUGAUGGCAAUGGACCAAG